UGCAAUCACGGCCCAAUUGGAGAAGCUAUCGAAGCAAGUAGCGGCUUUGCAGACACAGCAAGUCCAUGCAGUCCAAGCUCCCGAUCAAGGCGUAGACGAAACGGAGUCGAUAAAUUAUGUGAAUGACGCCAACCGACAACACAGAAACCCGUACUCCAACACGUAUAAUCCGGGAUGGAAGGAUCACCCUAAUUUUGGGUGGGGAGGAAAUCAGCAGGGACAAAGGCAAGCACCCCCUCAAGGCCAACCGCCUAAUUAUUCACGACCAGCGCCCGGAUUCCAAAAUCAACCGCAAGCACCACCUCAAGGCGGAGACCUCGCAAAUAUUUUGGCCCAAUUUAUGACGACCACCCAAGCUUCCAUUCGAAAUUUGGAAACACAGAUGGGCCAAUUUGCGACCCAAUUGAACGCGAGGCCAGCCGGUACACUACCGUCCAAUACGGAAGACCCUCGAAAGGGCACCAACGAGCAGUGCAAAGCCGUAAGUUUGAGGAAUGGAAGACAAUUAGAAGAAGUGGCAAAGAAGGCAACAAGCAAGGAUGGAGAGGAGCAACAAGAAAAAGAAGCAGAGAUUCUGACAGAUUCACCAGGUGAAAAAAGGGUCGUUGCUCCUAAGCCGACCCCUCAGGUACCUUAUCCUCAACGCCAGAUAAAGGCGAAAAAUGAGUCGUAUUACAAAAGUUUUCUUGAGCAAUUGAAUGAAUUACAUAUUAAUAUUCCUUUUACUCGAGCGCUUGAACUAAUGCCUCAUUGGGUGAAAUUUUUGAAAGACAUGGUAUCAAAGAAACGAAAAUUCGGUGAACAUGAGAUGAUAGCGUUAACCGAACAAUGCAGUGCCAUUCUUACGCGCCCAAUUCCACCAAAGCUUGGAGACCCGGGUAAGUUUACGAUUCCAGUCGCUAUCGGAGGUAAGUUCUUUGCAAAAUCUCUCAUAGAUUUAGGUGCAAGUAUUAAUCUCAUGCCUUUCUCGGUUUUUCAAAGUUUGGGAUUAGGAGAUAUAAAAUUGGUAUCUGUGACGUUACAGUUAGCCGAUAGAUCACUCAUAUACCCAAAGGGAAUAGUAGAGGAUGUGUUAGUUAAAGUAGAUAAAUUCAUCUUUCCUGCAGAUUUUGUAGUUCUUGAUAUGGAAGAAGAUAAAGAAAUUCCCUUGAUUUUGGGAAGACCUUUUUUGAGAACGGGUAGAACUAUAAUUGAUGUGUAUAACGGAAUUUUAUCUAUGUCUUUGGGGGAUGAAACGAUUAAAUUUGAUGUUUUCCGUACAAUGAAACACCCUCAAGAGGUUGAUGAAUGCUUUGCUUUUGAUGUGUUAGAUCAAUUGAAUUUUGAUUUUGUUGAACCUUUAAUUGCGGAUCCGUUGGAAGCAUCUUUGUGUGUAGGAACAUCAGUUGAAGAAGAAGAAGUGACGGAACAAUUAUGUUGGUUGGAUUCGGCAAAGCCGUUGCCAAGACCACGCUUUGAGAGUUUGGAGACAGAGAUCCCGUUAUCUGUCACUUUUAAGCCUUCAGUGAUCGAACCUCCGAAACUUGAGCUUAAAGUUUUACCAUCUCAUUUAAAAUAUAUGUAUCUUGGAGCUCAUGAGACCUUACCUGUUAUUAUUUCUUCAUCUUUGACAGGUCUACAGGAAAAGAGACUUUUGGAGGUAUUGCGAGAGCAUAAGCUAGCACUUGGAUGGACAAUCGCCGACAUCAAGGGCAUAAGUCCAACUUUUUGCAUGCACAAGAUCAUAUUGGAGGAGAGCCAUAAAUCUUCGGUGGAACAACAGAGGCGAUUGAACCCCAUCAUGAAGGAAGUUGUGAAGAAAGAAAUCAUCAAGUGGCUAGACGCAGGUAUUAUUUUUCCUAUCUCCGAUAGUGCGUGGGUUAGUCCGGUACAAUGUGUACCCAAGAAGGGGGGAAUGACUGUUAUAAAAAACGAAAAAAAUGAAUUAAUCCCUUCUAGGACAGUAACGGGUUGGCGAAUUUGCAUGGAUUAUAGAAAAUUGAAUAAAGCCACUCGAAAAGAUCACUUCCCGUUGCCCUUUAUUGAUCAAAUGCUUGAUAGGCUAGCUUGUCAAGAAUUUUAUUGUUUUUUAGAUGGGUAUUCCGGUUAUAACCAAAUUGCCAUAGCUCCCGAGGACCAAGAUAAAACCACUUUUACUUGUCCUUUUGGUACCUUUGCUUUUAGACGAAUGCCUUUUGGUUUGUGCAAUGCUCCUGCUACUUUUCAACGUUGCAUGAUGGCAAUUUUUACGGACAUGGUUGAAUGUGGUCUUGAAAUUUUUAUGGAUGAUUUUUCUGUUUUCGGUGAUACGUAUGACACUUGUCUCCAAAUACUGGCUAAGGUUCUUCGCAGGUGUGAAGAAACAAACUUGGUGCUCAACUGGGAAAAGUGCCACUUUAUGGUGCAAGAGGGGAUUGUGCUAGGACACAAGGUGUCAAAGAAGGGGUUAGAAGUCGAUCGAGCAAAAAUCGAGACAAUCGAGAAACUACCGCCACCAAUUUCCGUAAAGGGAAUUCGAAGUUUCUUGGGACAUGCGGGAUUCUAUAGGCGGUUCAUCAAAGAUUUCUCCAAGGUGGCCAAACCAUUGUGCAAUUUGUUGGAGAAGGAUAUCAAAUUCGAUUUCAAUGACGAAUGUCUCAAGGCCUUCGACGACUUGAAAACAAGACAUGAAGUUUAUCCCGUAAGAUUAAAGAGUUUAAAAGAUCUCGGGAGGAGGUCGACCUGCCAACUGAAAGAAUUCAACGUUGAAGGGAGCUUAACUAUACAGAGUGGUGGACAUACUGCAAGUUGA